CAGAGCCUUACACAGUGACCAAACAGACAAGAGUUCUCUUCUAUCAGUGGGCACAUCAUCACACAGCUGACAAUCUGUGAAACUGUUCAUCAGAUUCGGAACUCAUAAGGAACGUGAAUGACCACUCAGGACAUUACACCACAUUGAGAGCUCUGGAUGGACCAACCAUCAACGUCCUCUGGCCUUGGGGGCCAGCUGUGUGUAGGUUCUCUGUGUGGGUACCCAGUUUGCUUUAGCACAUUAGGGCUUGUUAAGCGUGUUGUGUGUGUGUGGUAGUUUGGUGUGUGUAAUGUAUGUGUAGUGAGUGAUCUGAGUGGUGUUAAUAAGCAGGCUCAGACAGGCAGUGUAUGUUAGUGCAGUGGUUCGUGUAUCUGUGCCGGGCCAGCUGCACUCAUGGCUCGUAAACGGGAUGGUGGCUGCUGCCCCCUGCCCCUCAAUGAGGACAAUGCCCGCUUCUGCCUGCUGGCAGGGCUCAUCUUGCUCUAUCUGCUGUGUGGGGCAGCUGUGUUCUCCGCCCUAGAGCGCCCCUCUGAGCUCCGCGCCCGCCUCCUCUGGGACCAGCAGCUGGCCAACUUUACCCUGAGCCACCGGGUGAGCCUGGGAGCCCUGCACGCGCUGCUGCGCCAGUAUGAAGAGGCCAAUGGGGCCGGGAUCAGAGUGGAUGCUCUUAGGCCCCGCUGGGACUUCUCUGGAGCCUUCUACUUUGUCGGCACGGUGGUGUCCACCAUCGGCUUUGGUAUGAACACCCCAGCUACCAUCCCUGGUAAGAUAUUCCUGAUCUUCUACGGCCUCAUCGGCUGUGCCGCCACCAUCCUCUUCUUCAACCUCUUCCUGGAGAGGAUCAUCACCAUGCUGGCCUACAUCAUGCGUUGGUGCCACGAGCGGAGGAUGAGGCGGUCGGGGUUGGGGGCUGUGUCAGGGGCCGAGGAGCCCCGCAGUGAGGAGGACAGUCUGGAGGGCUGGAAGCCCUCUGUCUAUUACGUGAUGCUGAUCCUGGGGGUGGCGUCUGUGCUGAUCGCCUGCAGCGCCUCCUCUCUGUAUUGCUCCAUGGAGGACUGGAGCUACAUGGACUCCCUGUACUUCUGCUUCGUGGCCUUCAGCACCAUCGGCUUCGGGGACCUGGUGAGCAGCCAAAGGGAGCACUAUGAGGCCCAGGAAGCCUAUCGCCUGGGCAACUGCCUCUUCAUCCUCAUGGGCGUGUGCUGCAUCUACUCGCUCUUCAACGUCAUCUCCAUCAUCAUCAAACAGACUCUCAACUGGAUCCUGGCCCGGCUGGCUUGUCCAGGCCGACGCUGUCCCUGCUCGUGCCCUAAGAGAGGCCUCCGCAGGCGUGUCUGCUGCCCCUGCCUCCAUAAAAAACACUCUGGCUUGAGGCCUCCACCUGCACGACUCCGCCAGCAGCACUUCAAACGCAACGCCGUGCAGCCCACCCCGUCCCAAGUCCCCACAGGGCGACAUCGCUACAUGGACGCCUCGGUGGAGACAGUGUGCGACAGCGAGACGGACGCCGGAGCGGGGGUGGACGGGGUCGCUGGGGGCCGGCGUCUCUCUGGGGAGAUGAUUUCGGUGAAUGACUUCACAGCGUCCAAUAAGGUGUCUCUGGCGCUGCUGCAGAAGCAGCUGUGUGAGACGGCCCAGCAGGGCCCCAGGCAGAGCCACGUUCCUCGCCACAAUGGCUUCUCUGGGGGGGUGGGUGCAUUCGCCAUUAUGAACAACCGCCUGCAGGAGACCAGUGUGGACAGGUAGUCCCACCUGACCCCAACCAAACCUAUUCACACCAACUCAGAAAUAAAGCACUGUUUGUGUGGGUUAUUGAAAUAUGACUGCAGCUUGACUGGAUGCUGGAUCUUCUCCUGUUAUGUCUAAAAAAAACUAGCAACGUUUCAUCCUCAGAAUGAGCAUUGUUUGUAGAUCAAACAGUAGUGAAACAGAACAGUUGGAUGCCACGGCUGGCCAGACAUAUUUGCCAAAUUUGUUUUCAAUGUAAAUCAUAUUGAGGUCAGCUAGAUUUCUAGUUGUAGACAUGAUUAUAGCCCACAGCAUAUCUCUGUUCUGUCUGACAGCUUCUCAGAAUGCCAGACAUUCAUGACAAUCACUGAUCUCCUAUUGAGACAGAAUGAUCCCGUUUGGUUCUGUGGGGGAGAUGCGGUGGACAGACACCUUCCAUUUCAACAGCAUAUGUCUGGAGAGGGUUUGAGAGGCUCAAGUGAUUGGCAGGAAUGCAAUGCUGAACGCAAUCAGGCUUUGUGUGGAGUAUGGAGAUGUGGAGGAGGUCUGGAGGAGACCCACUGAUUUAUGAGAGCCUUUCAGAUGUGUCCUGAGCUCCUCCACAACACAAUGGAUUUGCGUGGGGUGGCAUCAGUGAACAUAGAAAUGUACCCAUAUUCUGUAUUUGUAUCCUGUCACCUAAUGUCUAGGGCUCUGCUAGAGAACCUGUUGAAUAUGUAUCACGGUUCAAUUGUGUUGCGUUAAUUAGAUAGAAAGCCCUCAGACACACAGUAUGAGAGCUGUAAAAGGAAGA